GUCAAGAACAAGAUUCUAGAAUCUGCUGGGGCGUCUUUGUUGCCUGGUGAAGAAUUCGCAGUGGACAAUAGCGUCUGUAGCUUGAAGGCAAGUAAAGCUUUCCCAGAAGACAUUACAGACGUAGGUGUCGGGGGAAGCUGUGUUGGCAAUCUCGGUGGGGCUGUUGGUAACGACUCCAAUGAGGCUGUCCAGAUGGAGGUAAGUCCUAUCUUUCAUGCUUCUUUGGAGAAAAAAAAUUUGACUCUUGAACAAACUGUUGCGUGUAAACGUGCAGAGAGGUACUCUUAGAAACACAUUGCUUCCUAAACAACUUGUUUCCUCGCUUGCGCUGGAUGAUAUUAAAAUACCUGUAGUUACAUUUUCAACGAUUUAAGGCCCCGGCCACCCUAAUGCUUUUUCAAAAGUCUCCGUUUUCAUCCCGAAGAAGCAAAAUAUCUUUGCCCACACUAGCGUUUUUGCUUUGUUUUCACCAGUCCACAUCACUACGUUUUCAUUCGUUCUUUUCUGCGUUUUCCCACAUCGUCUAUACUAAAACGCUUGAAAACGCUGAUGGAAGGGACAGUAUGUGACGUUUUUUGCCGUCAGCGUUUUCAAAGCCUGCGUUUCCACCUGUUCACAUUUGAAACGGAGGGUUUUUAAAACGAUGCAUUGUCAAAACACUCCACUUUUGACACCGUUUUCGAAAGCCUCCGUUGUCAUUAGCGUUUUCGGGCGUUUUAUUGUGGACGAUAGGCGAAAACGCAUCAAAACGUAUGCGUUUUCAAACGAAAACACGUUAGUGUGCUCGAGGCCUAAGUUUGUGUAGCGGUGAAUGAAGAAUGAUACUCCUGUUUGUCCAUAGAUGUCAUCAUAUGGUAGCAGUCCUUAUGGUAGUGGAGCAGGGAAGGUAGACAGUGGUGUAUCGGAAUUAGUAAUAAAAGACGAAAACGGCAACCCUAAGAACGUGUCCAAUCUGACUACAUACAUGGAUAUUUUCAUUCCUGCGGAGAAUGGAGCGGCAGAGUCGUCUUAUCAUCUGAUCACCAAAGGAGACAUGCUAGUACUGAAAUUAAACGUGACUAACAACAUGAGUGCGAUUUAUGUCUGGGCCAUUCCUGCGCAUAACAACACAAUGACGGAGGUACUGUGUAAGAAAGGAUCCGAACCAACACAAACCGACUUCGACUUUGUUGAAGUUUUACCGAAAGAUCCCGUGGAGCCUGGUAACGGGUCGUGUAAUGAUGCGGUAUCUGAUUCAGAUCGAUAUCAGUUGUUUAUAGGCAGCGACGAGUUACAAAUGAUGAACCAGACGGCCAGUGGACUGUGGUAUUGUGGCUUCUACUACAAUGGGUCUGCUCAAGAGACCACGGCUCGGAGGAAGCGACGAGAGACUCCGAACCAAGAGAUUGAUACAGAAGAAAGCACUCCAGAGAAGAACAAUCUCACCAUCACCAUAUUUGAAGCCACUUGUAAAUACUAUCAUACUGAGUCAAAGGAAUGGAAAUACGACGGUUGUAAGGUAAAGGGUAUUUCUGCUACGACGAUGGCAUUAAACUUUAAGGGAAAAGUUCCUUUUAUCUUNGUCGGAGUUGACGGAAUUUUCAACUCUUCCCAGGGAUUCAUUGACAUUGUUCCUUCUGACAUCAUAGCUGUUAUGGACGGGGGAACGUCCAGCGCCGUCGGACAUGGAAAAAAUACCACUGUAAGUUGUUCGCAGACCAGGGAUCCAGACGUGGAAGUUAGCAAUCCAAGUGACUUCCACUAUUGCUGGUUUUGCGCUAAAACAGGAAGUUAUGACCAAGGCCUGAGGGACAACUGCACCCAGCUCCCUGCUUAUCCCCUAACGCCAGUUCAUAUGUCUGGUUCGGGUAACAACACUAAUAACGGAACGCAAACCAACUCCACUUCAUCUUAUGGGAAUGGCUGCUUCGGCUAUCCUGCGGGAAGAUUAAACACAUCCGAACCAUCGAUAACAUUUAACACACUUAUGAUGAUAGUCGACUCGGAGUAUGAUGUUUGCGUACAAGUCACUAAAGAUACGCGGAAAAGUGUUGCUUGCAAAAGUUUACAAAUGACUGCAGGAGACCCUCCCACCGUAGAAAUCCGUUGUGCCAGUGAGAAAGUUCCAAACUGCGACGGAAAAAUCAACCCCUCGUAUAAAGUAGCUUUGAUCGGCGAGGCCACUUGCGAGACAUGCCCUCCGCAGACUGUAACAUACAAGUGGAUCAUAUUGGUACUGAAUUCUACUGGCUGGGAGGAGGUCCCAGACCCAACCAGUCUUGUCAACACCGCUCUGAACAGCCGUAUGCUUGCCGUCAAACCUGGGGUGCUUAUGGGUGGAUACAGGUACAAAUUCCGCUUGGAGUGCGAGGUUGCAAAUGCGGGUAAUGUGAAAGGGUUUUCUGCGUGGGAAAAAGAGGUGAACGAGCCUCCCAAGCUUGGCGUUUGUGAAGUCACGCCUCAGCUGGGUUAUGCGUUUAGCCCUGACUUCACCAUCGGUUGCACAGGAUGGAUUGACGAUACCAAGUUGAAAUACAGCGUUGGUGUUAGACUGGAUUGCGACGCAAGUGAACUCCCAAUUUCCCCCACCGUCGCUUUGCCAGUGGGUCAGAGUUACAAUUUGACGUCGAUAACGCUGCCCCUUGGCUCAGCCAAACACCAGUUCGGGGUCGACGUCAUCAUUACAAUCAGAGACGAAGACGAUGCUAGCACCCAAGUUAUUGUUACUGUGCAGGUUAAAAUGGCUGAAGUAAGCGCCGACCAACAAGCCGCCAUUCUGGAUGCAGAGGCAGCAAAACUUGAUAAUUUGUUAAGCGAGGGUGAUCCUGAUGCGGCACUGAGUGUGAUUGGUGGAAUCGCUUCUGCCUUGAAUUCAGACCAAGGAGAUACAGACUCAGGUUCCCAAGAGAAAGAUGAGGAGCAGUUACAGAAAGAGACAGAGAUGAAGGAAAAACUCGUGUCAGCAAUAUCUUCAUUCCCUCCCCCGUCAAACCCUGAAGACGCUUUAAAGCAAUCGGGAGCUUUGGCCGCUGUUACGUCUGGCCCUUCGUCCACGAUUUCUGAUGAUGCAAAGGAUAAAAUAGCCGAGAGCGUAAAGAAAAUGGCGAAUGUUCUUGAACAACCAAUGAGUUCCCAGCAACGUCAAAACCUGGCUGACUCUCUGAUGGGAAGCAUAGGUGCUGUGCUACAGUCUUCAGAUGAAACGCAGUCCUCUAAUGACACUGAUCAGUCGGCAGCCCAGCAAAAAGUACUCGAUGUCAAGAACAAGAUUCUAGAAUCUGCUGGGGCGUCUUUGUUGCCUGGUGAAGAAUUCGCAGUGGACAAUAGCGUCUGUAGCUUGAAGGCAAGUAAAGCUUUCCCAGAAGACAUUACAGACGUAGGUGUCGGGGGAAGCUGUGUUGGCAAUCUCGGUGGGGCUGUUGGUAACGACUCCAAUGAGGCUGUCCAGAUGGAGGCCCCGGCCACCCUAAUGCUUUUUCAAAAGUCUCCGUUUUCAUCCCGAAGAAAGUAUAUGUAUGAGGUGGUGAUUUACACGGGAUUUUCCAGCCAGGCGGGAACAUCCUCGGAGGUUCGAAUGGUGCUAACCGGAGGCUUAGAUGAAACCUCUCCUCGUCGCUUGAAGGACACAGUGCCGGGUCGGAGAAAGUUCUGCCGGGGAAACGUGGAUUACUUCCUACUUAGUGUGCCACGAUCUCUGGGAAAGCUAAAAACGCUAAGAAUUUGGCACGACAACACUGGGGAUCAUCCGGCCUGGUACCUGCUCAGGGUCAUGGUACAUGACGUGCAAACCGACGUGAAGACGUGGUUCAUUUGCGAUCGGUGGAUGGCAGUGGAGGAGGACGACGGAUGUGUAGAGCGACUUCUGACCCCAGCCAGUAAAGAGGAACUCACGAGCUUCAAUUUGCUAUUCUCCACCGAAGCUCGAAAGAACUUGACAGAUGGACAUCUGUGGUUCUCUGUGAUUACUCGCCCUGCCAAGAGCAACUUCACUCGAGUGCAGCGCCUCUCUUGUUGUCUGUCAAUUCUGCUCUGUACCAUGCUUGCCAACGCCAUGUUUUAUCAAGUUGGUGACGAGUCUUCCACCGGGACGUCGGUCCACGUGGGACCCUUUAGCUUCUCUAUAAAACAAUUAUCCAUCGGUAUCACUAGCAGCUUAGUAGUACUCCCUGUCAAUGUCUUGAUCGUGACGUUUUUCCGGAAAGCGCGGCCUGCCGAAGCCAAGACAAGCUUGGACAAAGACCAGGAUCCACAUGGCCAAAGUACGAAGUACGAGGUUUCGGUAGAGAAGGCGAAAGAGAAGAGCAAAGAUUCGGAGGCCCAUAAUGAAGAAGACGAAGACAAAAAGAAGGACAAGAAAAAGAAGAAGAAAAAGACUCUACCGCACUAUUUUGUGUACAUAUCUUACGUCUUGGUUUUUAUCGCUUGUACGGUAUCGGCGACAUUUACUGUGUUUUAUGGACUGACUUUUGGAAAAGAGAAAUCGGAAGGCUGGCUCUCUUCCAUGAUGAUUUCAUUUUGGCAGGACGUGCUCAUUUCACAGCCUCUCAAAGUGUUUGCAGCUGCCAUGUUCUUUGCAGUCGUGAUUAAAGAUCCAAACAAAGCGGAAGAAGAGAGCGAUCAAGAAGGCAACGAGCUGAAUCCGGACGAAGAAGCACUUCACGACAAGACAAAGAACAGCGAAGAAGAGAAAGCCCUUCGCAAGGUUGGCUUCGUUGACAAACCGCCCAACCCAGAAAAACUGGAAGCGGCUCGUCAGCUUAAACUGAAGCAAAAAGAGAUGAAGUCCAUUAUCCGCGAGGUUCUUCAGUACUUUUUUUUCCUUGGAGUGUUGCUCGUUGUCGCCUAUGGCAGCCGCGACCCGAUGGCUUUCAGCGUGACAAGCGCUAUGAGGACUGUCUUCGAAGAUGGCAAAUACACGGGACUCGAUUCAUUUGACGAGGUUUCAGAUUUUGGCUCAUACUGGAAUUGGAUACAAGUCACCUUUGUCCCUUCACUGAUGCCGCGUUACUGGUAUGGUCCUGUUGACAUUGAUGAAAGCGAUCUCGUGAAUGAAGAGAGCACGAACCUCAUCUACUACCGAGAAGAGAAGAGACUCGAAGAGACAGCCUCACAAGUCGACGAUGACCGAUCGGAGAAAUCCUCGGACGACCACGACGAGCCGUCGGAAAACGACUCCGAUUCAGAGGAUGACAACCUGAGUGUCGCCAGUGGCGACAGUGGACCGAAUCCGGAGCAGCACACAUUAAAAAUCGUUAUGCCAGCCGAGGAGACUGAUGGAACGGAACACACCUCAGCACGGGAAAGAAAAGAAUUACAACUGGACGCCAGCGGAACGUCGGAAGUGUGA